GUGAGCAGAUGCAGUUGUUGAUGGACAGUGAUGGUCGGGCUAGUGCUGUUAUAAGUAAAGAGAACAGCAAUGAAAUGUCUUUUAUAAAUCACUGUGAUGACAGUGACAGUGAAACUGUAUUUUUUGGAACUCCAAAGGCAAAAGAGUUGCAACUCAGACAGCAACACAAUGACUGGACCGGACCUGCUACAGUCCGUAAACUUCCAACAUGGAGUCAAUCACCAGCUGCUGUUCCACAAGUAAAUCUGUUUACUGAUUUUUCUGCAAAUCUAUCUGUUCAAACUUCUAUUUAUUCUUCAGCCUUGAAAGUGGAUAGUUUGACAUCCACUCGGACAAUCCUUCAUUCAGCAUCCAUCAAUGAUUGUACCAAUACUUCUAUUUAUAAUUCAUCAAGCCCAAGUCUGUUUUCCAAAUCUACUAGAAUUUCAAAAUCUGGAUUACCAUUGACUGGUUUGGAAUCUACAACUUCUACUCUGCUUGCACAUAAUCCACUAUUUCAACAUCUAUGUAUAUCUUAUUUGGAUGAGGAUGUGUAUUUUUGCAUUCCAGAUUCACAGCCAUUUUCUACUAAUUCAUCAACAGAUCUUCCUUGGGAACCCACCUCUAAAAGCGAUACUCCCAAUAAGACUCCGCAAUGGAAAACAGCACGCCAAUUUAAAAGAAACUCGGACAUUUAUUCAACAGUAGAGACCAGCAAUGAACAGCUACCAAUCUUACCAUUGAUUUCAGAUCUACCCACGACUCCAACAAAAUUAUGUUGCUGGAAUGCGUCUACUCCAUCCAAAUCUUCUCAAACACCAUCCACUGUUCUUUUUAUAGCCACACAGCUACAACAUAGCGCUGCAUUACGAAUUCAACGGUGGAUACGUCAUAUUUUUGUCAAGAAAUGUGUAUUUCAUUCCAUUCGUCAGCUUUCUGCCCAGUACAGACUACAGCAAUGGGUAUAUAUGAGCUCUGUGAUUACAAUACAAUAUGCUUGGCGAAGGUGGAUCCGAUAUAAGCAACUAUUGCGAAUGAAAAGUGCUACGAUUAUUCAAACUGCAUGGCGCGAGAUGCAGAGCAGACAUCAUCAGAAAUUAAACGUUUUAAAGAAUAAGGCUGCAACCAAAAUUCAGUUGGCUUGGAAAUGCUUUACUGCUCGCAACAUUGCUAAAGCCCUUUUUUGUCAAAAAGUUAUUCAUAAACAGAAUCUGGCGAGGUAUAACUCUGUUUGUACUAUUUCUCGAUGGUGGUAUCGAAUUAUGCGUGAUAGAAAGCAUCGUCAAUAUCAUGCAACUGUGAUAAAGUUGCAAUCUCUAGUUCGACGGUUCCAGGCACGGAAACGUUUCAUACAGAUCAAAACAUCUGCUAAGCAGAUUCUUCAAGCAUGGCGGUCAUACAAACGUUUGAAGCGCAACGUACAUAUUCCUAAUUCACCUGAUGUACUAGCACAAUCUUUGAAUCAUGACACAAGCCAUCUUACUACAUUUAAUGCGCUGCCGCCAGUCAUUCCUAUACUCUUUGAAUCUUUGACUGCCUUGCCAAUAUCUACGUUCAAGAAGUCAUCCUUGAACGUACCCACUACUCUGCAAAGCGUCGCGACUACACCUUCACAGUCUUUGAUGGUAAAGUCCACAUCAAGAGAAACGGAUAAAAAGUAUCAAGCUAUUAUUGAAGAGAAAAAAAAACAACUCGAAGAAAUUCGUCAGAAAAAAUUGAAGCUUAAGCGACAACUAAGUGGCGAGCUUACAAUGUCCAUGCCCAGCAACAUAUCCAAUGCAACUACAGCUUCAUUGAUUCCUAAUGCCAUACCCUCGCUUAGUUUUGAGCCCUCUAGCUCUAACCGACUUGUACAUCAACAACUGCAUACAUCUAUACAUCAAUUAAAUAAUGGUUUGAUUCAACCGGUUGAUAACACGUUGCCCACUCACUUACAUGGUUUUACUACCGCGUUGAAAACAGUUCAACAAAGUAUUCACUCGAUGAAAGCGCUUGAUUUUGACCGACUUACAAGAGAGAAUACUCGUCGUAAUGCACUUUGUAGAAAUCGGUAUGUGGUCAAAGUCGUCAACAAUUAUGGGACUGCGCCACCUAGUCCAACAACGCAGUUGAUGGAUCGUAUUAAACAGCGAAAACAAUCCGGCGUAGCUCGAACGUUUACUCCUGAUGAUGGCGUUGUAGAAAUUGAGCCGCCUAAAGUACGUCGAAUCCAAUGGGACCCAGCAUUAAUUGACAUAUGUGAAUCGAUAGAACCAGACAGCAAUAUUGAUCUAUAUACUGAUGUGGUUCAAGCUACUGCAGUAAAAGCUCAACCUGUUACAUAUGGGAGUAUCAAACCACCCAACGUGGGUAUGAAACGUAAACUUGCAGACUAUCAUUGCGAAACUACUUCUACGUGUGUUUCUUUACCUAUUCGUAUAGAUUCCAAUGGAUUCAAUCCUAGCUUGACGGGUCAACAACUAUCCGAUGAAGCGAUACGGUCAAAACGAAGAAAAUCGUGUUUGCGACCUGUUUUGUCCAUGUCGGAUACCACUGACAUGAUAUCGUCUAAAAAUACCGAAUCUGUAGUGAUUCAACGAAUACGAUAUGUGCCUAGACCGGUUAUUUCUAACCCUGCACGUGGUAGUAAGAUACCACCCAAAGUCAAAAAAGCACAGCAUGGAUCACAAGCAAAAGCAAAUUCCACUUUUAGAAACUCGAGUGGUACUGCAUCUGGCUUACCGACAUCUUCAACUGCAAAAGUUGGUAUGAAUAGCACUAUAAAGAAAUCUACGACACAUGUUCACAAAUAAAGUGUAGCUAUUCAAGUAAACUGG